CCCAGCCGCUCGCCCCGUCUCGCCCGCCCCGCCCCGCCCGUCCCGCUUGCCAUGGCCGUGGCCGAUGACCGCGGCCCCGUCGUCCCGCCCUUCUCGCUCGCUGUGGCCGUGGCCGAUGACCGCGGCCCCGUCGGCCCGCCCCGCCCGCCCCGCUCGCCAUGGACGAUGCCCCGCCGCCUCCUCCCUGCUCGUCCCGCUCACCGUGGCCGAUUACCGCGCCACCAGGGACCGCGAGCACUCGAUGAGGAGGCCUGGACCUUGGCGCAGAGCCGUGCCCCCGUGCGGCGGCGGCGGCAGAUCCCUCCUCAUCGCAGUGCCAGCCCUCCUGCCGGUGCCACGCCGCGCCGCGAUGCUGCUGGCUCGAUCUCCUUGUCCCCUCCUCUCCUGUCAAGCACACGACCUCCGUCAAGGCCGCGCCCGAGGCCGACCAGGAGGCCACGGUCACCAAGUGCCCAUGCAAGGGUACCACAUCUGGGAAGAAGAAGUUGGCGCCCGAGGCGGCGGUGGGCAAGAAGCAGCAUAAUUGGUGAGAGGCUAGGGUUUGUCUCUGUCCAGGGAACUGCAGACGGGGCAGGGGGUGCGGUAGGCCGCACUUUCUACACUGCCGGCCAAAGCAUCUGUGCGGGCCCCCAAGGUUGCCGGCGACCGGACACGACCACCUCUUCCGAUGUCAAAGUCGCCCUCGUCCCCACCCCCACGCCACACUUCCGAACAGGUGGCAGCAGAUCCUCUUCUGAUGGCGUCGGAAUAAAUUCUCAGGUGAACCCAGAUGGCCUUAUGUUUGGAGGCGCUGAAAGAGGAUGCCUAAAUAUGCAUGAAUAAAGGCAAAUGAUAAAUACAUUUGUUUCAUUUUCUGAUCCCACUGAUCAUGUUAAGCAAUGUGCCUACAACGGCUACUGUAUGCGAUGAGUUUUUCUAAGCCGUGUUCCAUCUCUUAGGCUUGAUACAUAUGAUCAGUGCCCAUGUAAAUCAGUCAAGACAGUGUGCAUAUUUUCUGGUUAUUUGGAUAGUGCUAAGAUACUCGGAGAAAUGUUUUUGAACUAGGAUCUCAUUAUAAUUUAUUUUCAUAGGAGUUUAGAUACCGGAAGCGCUUAUGUGUGUAUGUAUAGCUUAUGAAAGGCAUACAUAUAGUCAUACUCUUGUAGGGUUGCUACCUGCUGAAACAUGGGAUUGUUAUCCAUAUUAUCUUUAUGCACCUCAUGGCAAUUCUAUACAUUAGUCUCCUCAGGGGUCAUUAUGAUUUGAUCAUUUAAGUUGGGCAAUCCCUCUUACUCUUAUGUGCUGGAGUUCUCGAUCUAGGCAAUGAACUAGAAUUUUGUGUGUAUUUUUGCUUAAGCAAUGUAGGAUUCAGUAAUGGAUGUUGGAGCAACAUCUUUUAGAAUGUAAUUAAUUAAUUUUACUUUUCGUGAAGUAUAUUUCUUUUGUUUCAAUAAGAAUUAUGCACAACUCGCUAUUUAAAGGUGCAUUUGUCUAAGUUCCUUUAUUUCAAAACUGCAUAUGCAGGAGAGGCUCACACUGAGGGAGGGCUAAAUUGUGAGAUAUCCUUGUUUGGUCCUUUCCAUAUACCUACAAGGCAUGAAUCAAGAUGGCAUGGUUUAUCAUUGAACUGAAUGCUUCCAUGGAACUUUGGUUUCAGUUACUACCUUAAACAAGCAGUCUGGCGACCAGGAGCUCACCGGCGCAGUUCCCUCGACGGAUGGAUGCCUGCUCGCGCUCACGGAGGCCAAGGCGGUCGCGCUGCUCUGGCUCAUGUUCCGCCG